AUGGAGCCUUCCGACCAGAAACGGGACUCUGUCCCGCAGUAUCUCAAACAGUCGCAUGAGCGCAUCUUCGAGAACAAUCGCGCCUGGGUCGCGACGAAAAUGAAAGAAGACCCCGCGUUUUUCGAGAAGCUUUCUGCAGGGCAGACUCCUGAAUACCUGUAUAUCGGCUGCAGUGACAGUCGCGUCCCCGCCAACGAGAUCAUGGGUCUUGAAGCCGGGGAGGUCUUCGUCCACCGGAACAUCGCGAAUCUGGUCCCCAACACGGACCUCAACGUGAUGUCCGUCAUUAAUUACGCCGUCCGCCAUCUGCAGGUCAAGCACAUUGUUGUCUGCGGCCACUACCACUGCGGCGGUGUCAAAGCCGCUCUGACGCCCUCCGACCUGGGGCUCCUCAACCCCUGGCUUCGGAAUGUGCGCGAUGUGUACCGUCUGCAUGAGCGGGAGCUAGACGAGAUUAAAGAUGCAACUGCCAGAUAUAAGCGCCUCAUCGAGUUGAAUGUCAUUGAGUCCUGUAGAAAUGUGAUCAAGACGGCUGCGGUGCAGCAGAGCUUUCAUGAGCGGCAGUUCCCCGUUGUGCAUGGCUGGAUAUUCGAUGUGGAGACUGGUCUCCUUAGGGACCUGGAGAUUGAUUUUGAGGAGACUUUGCGGGAUAUCAAGAAGAUAUACAAUCUUGCGCCGGGCUCUUAG